AUGUCGUAUUUAUUGGGGCCCGACGCCAACGACGCAGCCGGCAAGGACGAGAUUACCUUUGACAUACCCAAAGAGUGCAAGGCGGGAGUCGUGGUGAAUGAAGGCCCUAAUUUCCACAUCGAGGUACAGAUGGUGCCCGUUCCAGAACCAGGUGCCGACGAAGUCCUGAUAAAACUCAACGUGACCGGCAUCUGCUUCUCAGAUCUCCAUUUCGCCAUGGGCGACCUGGGCCCGCCCAUGUCCGCGUUCGGCGUGCGAUCUCCGGGCCACGAGGGCGCCGGCGUCGUCGUCAAAGUCGGCUCCAACGUCAAGAACUGGAAGGUCGGUGAUCGGGCGGGCAUGAAGCCACGAUGGUCCGUCUGUGGAGACUGCGACCUCUGUCUGGACGACAAGGAGGCCUAUGUCACGUCCCCAGCGCACUACACGCAGAGAAUUCCCGACGGCGUGGACGACUACGCAGCGGCCCCCAUAAUGUGCUCUGCGGGAACCAUGUAUCGCGCCCUACGUCUCGCGACACUCAAGCCGAACAAUUGGGCCGUCUUCCUCGGCGGAGGCGGCGGCGUGGGCAUUCAAGGCGUGCAGCUAGCCGCGGCGAUGGGGCUUCGACCGAUCGUGGUGGACACGGGAGAUGAGAAAGAGAAGCUCGCCAUCUCUCGGGGUGCAAAGGCCUUUAUCGACUUCAAGCGCGUUGACGAUCCGGUGGCGGAGGCAGUCCAGAUCGCAGACGGGAUCGGAGCACAUGGAGUGUUUGUCACGGCGGGCAAUUCCUAUCCAUCCGCCAUCUCGUACGCGGGCACACGCGUCGGUGCUGUGGUAUCGUGUAUCGGACUCCCGCACAACAAAGAGCUUACCAUCGGAGCACCACCUACCAAAUUCAUCACUCAGGGACUGACCGUGCGCGGUUCAAUGGUGGGGAGUAGAGCCGACAUCGCCACGACACUUCAAUACGCCGCAGCUGGAAAGAUCUCUGGUGACCACACAAUCUAUCCGAUUGACAGACUCCCAGAGGCGCCUCACGACUCCCCAACCCUCUACCUGAUCCGCCACGGCGAGAAGCCCCCAAAGGAGGACGACGGGGACGACAGCCCGGGACUCUCUGCGCAGGGAAUCGACCGCGCCGAGGGUCUCGUCCAGGUGUUUGGGCGGAGCAGCAAGUAUGACAUCGGGUACGUGAUCGCGCAGAGACCCAAGUCAGGUGUGGAGGAAGGGGGGGAAUUCGAGGGCCUUCUGUUCGGUCUCUCCAAGGCUCAGGCCAAGGCCAAGGUGCAGGGUGCACAGCAAAAAAUGAUAACGCAUCCGGCACGACCAGACAACAGACAAACCCGCCCAUUCCUGACCGUACAACCGCUCGUCGAAUCUCUCCAGGAAUACAACGUGCCGUUCAACUCCCUGAUUGACCGGGACCACGUCGACAAGGUUGCCGAGGCCGUGCACGACUACGCCAAAGGCAAGGGCAAGUACGUCGGCGAGGGCAACGUCCUGAUCUGCUGGGAACACGACGCGCUGGAGAAGAUCGCAAAGGCGCUCGGCGUCGACGACGUGCCCGAGUAUCCCGGGAACAGAUUCGAUCUCAUCUGGACAAUCAAGCCCCCUUACAAAAAGAUUGAUAGCAUCACGUCGGAAAAUGUCCCGGGCCUGGAUGAUCACUCGGCAACCCCGGCAUGA